AACACGGGAGAGCUUCCGGUCGUCUGUCACUGAGGCUGGAAGAAAUACUAAACUGAGAUUUAUUUCGCUUUAUGCUGAUCCGUGCACACACACUCACACACUCACACAGCAUGUCUUUCUGCAAUUUUUUCGGAGGUGAGGUCUACAAGGAUCAUUUCAAACUAGGGAUGUAUGUGUGCUCCCAGUGUAACCACCCGCUGUUCUCCAGUCGAUCAAAGUUCGCCCACUCGUCUCCGUGGCCGGCGUUCACCGACACCAUCCGAGAGGACAGCGUCACCAAGAUGAUGGAGAGCCUCACUGCCUUCAAGGUUCUGUGUGGCAAGUGUGGCAACGGGCUGGGCCAUGAGUUUGUAAAUGACGGCCCGGAGGAAGGAGUUUCACGAUUUUGAAUAUUCAGUACCUCGCUCAAGUUUGUCCCGAACAAAAGUAAGGACAAGCAGUAAAGAGCGAGGUGUGGGUGUCUCUCCAGCUGCUGCUCCAGGAUCAGUCAGUGUGUGACGUGGACGGGAUAAAACCCGAGAGGGACGUCCUGUCCACUGAAGGAUCUUUGACCAACCUGUGACCUCUGAAAAUACUCCUUAACAACUCAAAUGUUACCUCAUAUUUAAAUACAUUUAACUCCAUGAUUUUAUCAGUAGAUAAUUUUUAGCAAGAAUAUACUUUUCUGUUGCAGAAUCUGCUUUAUAUUGCUGGUACUAUUGACUCUAUUUCACCUUUAAUGUAGCCAGACUAUCUAUGCACUGAACAAGUCCACAUUUCUAGUCAGUUUGGGGUAUCUGUUUUUUAGCAAAGAAACUGUGAACUGUCUGCAACAUUAUGUACUUUUUUUAUUUUAUGCACUUUAAGACUUGAACAGAUUUUUUGUUUGUGCAUUUUACUUUUAAAAUCUCACCUUAAAGUCAAUAUUUAUUGGAUUUAAUUAGCUCUACAUUUUGAUUUGUCUUCAACUGUUACAGGAUGUGACAAUAAUUCACAUAUGAAGAAACAAACAAUAAAUUAUAGUUUGAUAGA